AUGGCCGCAUCAACAAAACUCGUUUAUCAGCGUUUCAUGGAGCGCAUAAAUCACACAUCCAAAAUCAUCUCGGUCCGCCCAGUCUCAGAGCUCCCGACAUCUGAUCAAGGACUCGUACCCGCCAACUCUGGCAUCGAGCAUGCAAUUGUCACCGACUCCACCAUCUUCUAUGUCCAGGGUGGCGGGCAGCCGUCUGAUGUCGGGGCUAUCACGUCGAAUGUGCAGUCCCCGUCUUUGUUCGAGGUGAAAUCAGUCCGCCAUCCAGCGAGCGGCAGCCAGAUCCUGCAUCUAGGCCGCUUCGUCCCAAUCGGGACACCCGGAUUCAACCCAGGACAAGAAGUCGAACAAGCCAUUGACGCUGAAACACGGAGCCUGCACUCCCGUCUCCAUACCGCCGGGCAUGUCAUGAGUCUUGCGAUUCAUGCGCUGAUUCGCGAGGGCGUGAUUCCUCCACUUAAGGAGUCGAAGGCGUCGCACUAUCCUGACGCUGCGUGGGUUAUGUUUGAGGGCACGAUUGAGGGGAAGCAUAAGGAUGCCAUCCAGGCGAAGACGGAUGAGUUUGUGCGGUCGGCGAGCCCGGUGAGGAUCCAUUGGUGGUCGAUGGAGGAGUUGAAGGAGAAGUGCUUUGGCGUUACGGAGGAUUUCAGGCUGCCUGAGGGAGAGGAACUGGGGAGAGUUGUUGAGAUGGAGGGUUUGGGGAGUUAUCCUUGUGGUGGGACGCAUGUCAAGGAUUGUAGUCUGGUGGGCAGGAUUGUGGUGAAGAAGAUCUCGCGCUCGAAGGGCGUGAGUAGGGUGUCUUAUACUGUCGAAUAG